GGCACUUCCGGCCACCGGCUUCAGGACUGGCUUUGAAGAGGAGCUGGUGCCAGCGUUUCUGUGUGCUGUGAGGAGAUUGCUACUACACAUAGCUGAGCUGAGAGCAUGGAUGAACUGGGUAACCACAACAUGAAUGCAGUGACCUAUGAGGAUUUACAUAUUGACUUCACUUGGGAAGAGUGGACUUUAAUGGAUCCUUCUCAGAAGAAUCUCUAUAAAGAUGUAAUGCUGGAAACCUACAGGAACCUCACUGCUAUAGGAUACAGUUGGAAAGACCAUCAUAUUGAAGAUUAUCAAAGUUCUAGAAGAUAUGAAAGGAAUGAAAGAAGUCAAACUGGAGAGAAACCUUCUAUAUAUACUCAAGGUGUUAAAACUUUUACAUAUGACACCCAUCUUCAAAGGCAUGAAAAAACUCAUACUGGAGAGAAACCCUAUAAAUGUACUCAGUGUGGUAAAGCCUUUGCACGUGCCAGUCAUCUGCAAAUGCAUGAAAUGACACAUACUGGAGAGAAACCCUAUGAAUGUAAUCUGUGUGGCAAAGCGUUUUCAUUACCCAGUUAUCUGCAAAUACAUGGAAGGAGACAUACUGGAGAGAAACCCUAUGAAUGUAAUCAGUGUGGUAAAGCCUUUGCACAUCACCAGAGUCUCCGACUACAUAAAAGAACCCACACUGGAGAGAAACCCUAUGAAUGUAAUCACUGUGGUAAAGCCUUUGCAUUCCCCAGUCACCUACAAGUGCAUGAAAGGACACAUACUGGAGUGAAACCCUAUGCAUGUAAUCACUGUUCUAAAGCCUUUGCUUCUCGCCGUGAUCUUCAAAGACAUAAAAGAAUUCAUACUGGAGAAAAACCCUAUGAAUGUAAUCAGUGUGGUAAAGCCUUUGCUCGUAACGGUACUCUUCAAAGUCAUAAAAGAACGCAUACUGGAGAAAAACCCUAUGAAUGUAAUCUGUGUGGUAAAACUUUUGCAAGUCACAGUACUCUUUAUGUGCAUAAAAGAACGCAUACUGGAGAGAAACCCCAUGAAUGUAAUCAGUGUGGUAAAGCCUUUGCAAGUCACAGUAGUCUUUAUAUGCAUAAAAGAACGCAUACUGGAGAGAAACCCCAUGAAUGUAAACUGUGUGGUAAAGCCUUUGCUUGUCACAGUGCUCUUCAAAUGCAUAAAAGAAUCCAUACUGGAGAGAAACCCUGUAAAUGUAAUCAGUGUGGUAAAGCCUUUGCUCGUUACAGUGCUCUUCAAAUGCAUAAUAGAAUCCAUACUAGAGAGAAACCCUAUGAAUGUAAUCAAUGUGGUAAAGACUUCGCACGACUCAAUCAUCUGAAAAUGCAUAAAAUGACACAUACUGGAGAGAAACCCUAUGAAUGUAAUCAGUGUGGUAAAGCAUUUUCAUUACCCAGUCAUCUGCAAAUACACGAAAGGAGACAUGCUGGACAGAAACCAUAUGAAUGUAAUCAGUGUGGUAAAGCCUUUUCAUACCCCAGUCACCUGCGAUUGCAUGAAAGGAGACAUAGUGGAGAGAAACCCUAUGAAUGUAAUCAGUGUGGUAAAGCCUUUGCACAUCACCAGAGUCUCCGACUACAUAAAAGAACCCACAAUGGAGAGAAACCCUAUGAAUGUAAUCAGUGUGGUAAAGCCUUUUCAUACCCCAGUUACCUGCAAAUGCAUGAAAGGACACAUACUGGAGAGAAACCUUAUGAAUGUAAUCAGUGUUCUAAAGCCUUUGCUCAUCGCAAUGAUCUGCAAAAGCAUAAAAGAACCCAUACUGGAGAGAAACCCCAUGUAUGUAAUCAGUGUGGUAAAGCCUUUGCUCGUAAUGGUACUCUUCAAAGUCAUAAAAGAACGCAUACUGGAGAAAAACCCUAUGAAUGCAAUCUGUGUGGUAAAACCUUUGCAAGUCAUAGUACUCUUUAUAUGCAUAAAAGAACGCAUACUGGAGAGAAACCCCAUGAAUGUAAUCAGUGUGGUAAAGCCUUUGCUCGUCACAGUGCUCUUCAAAUGCAUAAAAGAAUCCACACUGGAGAGAAACCUUAGUGUAACCAGUGUGGUAAAGACUUUGCACAGAAACCGGGCGUUCAUGGUGCACGCCUUUAAUCCCAGCACUUGGGGUGGGGAGCAGAGGCAGGCGGAUCUCUGUGAGUUCAAGGACAUCCUGGUCUAUGGAGCAAGUUCUAGGACAGCCUCCAAAAUAAUACAGAGAAACUGUGUCUCGAAAAAAAACCAAAAAAAAAAAAAAGACUUUGCACGGCCCAGUCAUUUGCAAAUGCAUGAAAUGACACAUACUGGGGAGAAGCCCUAUGAAUGUAAUCAGUGUGGUAAAGCCUUUUCAUUACCUAGUCAUCUGUAAGUACAUGAAAGGACACAUACUGGAGUGAAACCCUACGAAUGUAAUUAAUGUUCUAAAGCCUUUGCUUUUAUAACAUCUUCAAAGUUAUAAAAGAACCCAUACUGUAGAAAAACUAUGAAUGUAAUCAGUAGUCUUCAAAAAUCAUGAGAGAAUACCAUCCUGCAGAGAAACUAUAUAAAUGUCAUCAGUGUGGCAAAGUUUUGCACUUUAUACAUAAAUAAAACUUUUUGUGCGAAAUCAA